AGAUGAAGACAAUGAUAAGGAGGAAAGAGAGAAAGAGAGUUUUGAUGAUGAAGAAGUGACAGAUGAGGAGAGUCAAGGUACAAGCAAAAUCGUCGAACAAACAUCGAUUAUAGACAACAGUGACGAUAUGAUUAUUGAGGAACUAGGCUCCGAGGACACUGCCGAAACGAGCGAUAAAGUUGCCCCGUCUGUGGAUGGGGCAAGCAGUAGAGAUGAUAGUGUUGCCCCAUCGGAUAAUGGGACGACCGAUUCUGUGAAGCCUCAUAAUCGAGGGAACUCUAAAUUGCGACUUGUUCUGAGACCACUUUGUGAAGACGGAUGUUCCAAAUGCGGGUACGACCAUUCGGAACGUCCCGGGUUUAUCCCAAAUUCGGGAUCCCUGGCCCGUUUCACGAUGGAGCAACCCGUCUGCCGAUUGCCGUCCCCAUUUCUAAACUAUAGCCUUCUACCAUCGGGCUACUGCGCAGAGACAUUGAGAGACUGUGCGGAAAUCGAGAGGAGAGGAAUGAAUUUUUGCGAGUGAAAGGUCAAUCCACCAUAUUUUCGUACACGAGGGAGGGGGAAGUUGCCAUGGGAACCAGAUCAUCAUCGUUAAGCUGUCCCGUUGACGACGUGACACACCAGAGUGACUGUCUCAAAAAAUUACAGGAGGAACUUCGAUGGCCGAAGAGCGUCGCACGGCCCAGCGUGAGAAGAUGAUGAAAAGAGAGAAGGAGAGAAGAAGUCAUCGGAAAGGCACCCCCGAAAGCCGAAAAACCUGAAAAACCGGUUCCAGAGCCCUCCAGCGAAGGCCCAAAUCCUAAAAUCCAAACGAACCCCAAAAAUAAUGUCGACAAAAACUCCGGAUCUACUACAAAACGAAGAGAGUGUGUUUUCGAAAAUAUUUCAAAAGCUUGAAUUUCUGCCUUACAACCCCCUACCAGUCGAUCUCGAUGAACUGGUUUUUCCGGAAAAAUCUCGUCCUCGCAGAUAUUUGACGACCCGUAUUGGCCUAGUAAAUCCAGCUGCAUUAGGCUGGUCGAAACAUUGGGUACUGCUUCAACAUCUUUUUCAUCGUAUACUGGAACCUACCUCUCUCCCAAUGCUAAAGGAGCAAAUACUGGUCAAUAUUUCAAGGUAGUCCCUUAUCCUGUACCUCCGUACCUGAGGCAACAACCUCGAUGUACCGACAUUGUUGAGCUGCCAUUUUCACUCCAAGCCAUGGACCACCUGUAUCCCGUACAGUAUAGGUCACAGUUGAACUCAAACAAUAAACACUCGGAAAACGGGCUCAAACAGGUUUUCAUCAAUGCUAUAUCGGAGGCGAUGGGUCAGACGAUGUCAUUUGAAGAAUGUGGAGAGGCCGUUUAUGCAGCUAUGGUGAAGAACGGACCAAACUGGGGGUUAUUUGUCGUGGCUUCUCUGUACUGGAGGGUUUCAGGAAAUCCGAAACACUCCAUCGAGUGUCUGCGCAGAGCUCUUCACUAUAGUCCCAAUAUUGUCAAGGACGUCGGGUACAUCGCCCUUGCCAACGUGUUUCAUCGCCACGGUUACGUGAAGGAGGCCGUAAUCGCCGCACGAGCAAGUCUCGACGUCUUGGAGAAAUCACCUGUAGGUCACUACACAGUGGCAGGCAUCUACCUAUCUCUGAAAGACUACACGUCAGCCGGUCUUCAUCUGAGGACAGCUCUCCACUUGCAACCAUCCUUCGAGCACGCUCUUUCUGCUCUUCGGCUCGUUCGCUGUUUCCUAAAGUUUAAUGAAGAAUACGAGCAGUUUCAGCGAAAGUUAAGUAAACCUGAGGGGACGCCACUCAAAGCGUUUGAAUCCGUUCUCGUAACUGAUAUGGUGACUGCGAUCGAAACCCUACGCAGUCAGGAACGCGUACGCCAGCCACCGAACGUGACUAAACCGGACGACGUCUUUGAACGAGAGGGACGAAAAUCGGCCGCGGAGCUUUUCACCGGCGAAGACGCGCUCAAGUACAUCACGAAUCUCGCGAUUCUGCGCAAUAAACGGCGAGAGCGGGAAACUGAGGAGGGGGAGAGUGGGAGGAGAGAGAGGGAGGACAUCGAACGGAGGCUGAGGGAAGAGAUGAUGAAGGUCGAACUCGACGGAUCGCUGGAGGAAUUCCUGAAGAAGAAGAGGAGCGAAGAUGGAGAGAAUGAGUUUGAAAAGAAGGUUCAUUACGAACCUAAUCAACUGGACAUAACUCCUCUCAUGCAGAAAGUAGCCAGCCGCAUACAAGCGGAGCAGAACAACUACGACCCUCAGCUGAUUGCACAGAGUAGAGCUGAAAUAGAGACUGAGCUUCGCGACAUAGUCGUUGCUUCUGCCCGCGCCAUUGCCAACAAUCAGUCUCCAGUCCAACACACUACUCCGGUACGAGUUAUCGGGAACGAAAGGGGGCCGCAUUCGACCCAGCUCACGCAGGAUGAGAAGGGAAGAGAAGAUGUGAAAGAAGAGAGAGACGGGAGAAAAGAAGAAAGCGAGGAGGAGGGGGAGAGAGAGAAAGAUGGUGGAGGGAGGGAGGCGACGGAAGAGCCGGCAAAGAGAGAGCGUUACCCCGGGUUUCAACCUGGCCAACACUGCAAGAGUGUGCCGUCAUGUCGCUGCCAAAGACUCUUCUCUUUACCAGUACUUGGCUGUCUGUCACGGCUAAGAAGAUAAAGGUCGAUGAACAUGUAGAUUUCGAGUCCCCUCUUGAAGACACUUCGCUGAAGCCGUUUUGCCCGACCAAUAUACCCGAGUCUGCUAAAACCUUUCCCAACCUAGCAGGAAUGUCGGGACUACCUCAAGUAGAUCACUACAAGCAAGAAAGGGGCCUCAUUGAGGUCUUCACUAACCUCAGUGGUUCAUAUCGCUCCACUGAAGACGUUGCUACCAGAAUUAACGUAUCCAUGGCAAAGAAUGAGUCCUCCUGGGUGCUGUCCAAUCUUGCUGCCCUCUACUGGAGGAUCUACGGGGAGGGAGAACUGGCAGUUGACUGUUUGAAGCAUGCUCUUUACUUUUCCGACUCCAGCAACAAGGAAGUUGCUCUGGUUAGCUUGGCUAAUGUACUGUAUCGAAUGGGAUACGAAUCAGACGCAACUGCAGUCAUGCAACAUUCACUGGAGGUCAAUCCCAAGUUGGUUGUGAAUCAUUUCACAAUGGCAAAUUUACUGGCAGCAAGGGGAUUUGCGGCAGAGUCUGCCAGCUACUUUGAGGCAACUCUGCAGUUCCAACCUGGCUUUGAGCCGGCUGCAGAGCGACUUCAGGCUGUUCGCUGCAUCACUCUCCUCAAACACAUCCAGAUGAAGAGGGAAAAGGAGGAGAAGAGACAGAGAGAAUAUGAGGCGGAACUGGAAAAACAACUUUACGAGCACAGAAAAAAGCUGGGACACUUUGACUGAGGCGCCAUUCUGAUCAUGUAGUGUUCCCACACUGCAUAAUGUCCAUUUUACCAUGCUUUGGGAGUAUUGUUAUGCGAAAAGUACCGU